CCGGAGGAGGUGUGCUCACCUCUGCGACCGGUUCUCAUUCAGUGGCCAAAUUCUGCAGCAGCGUCUCGAAGACCGUAAAGAAUUAAUUCCUGCGUUUGCAAUAAAGUCAAUCCUGUUCUGAGAAGGUUAUUUUGACUCCGGAUGUGACCAGCUGAAAGGACGUGCAUGCACUUGCUCCCAGAGGAGUAUAACUAGCAUAUCAAGAUAUUUCCUAAAGAUCUGCCAGCAUUGGACUUGCAGAAUCGAUUCAGUAUUAACGCAGAAAAAAAACGGUGCAGUAAUUGGGGGGGAAAUGGGUCCGGUUUUAUAUCUUAGCGGGUUAAUCGUAGUGUUUCUGCUCUGGGUUAAAGUUAAGGGGCUGGACUACGUGAUCAUUCACCAAAGGUGGAUAUUCGUGUGCCUGUUCCUGCUGCCCCUGUCCGUGAUCUUCGAUGUGUAUUACUAUGUCCGAGCCUGGCUCAUUUUCAAGAUGUGCUCCGCUCCGAAACAGCACGACCAGCGUGUCCGCGACAUACAGAGACAAGUUCGAGAGUGGAGAAAGCAAGGCGGAAAGGCAUACAUGUGCACAGGCCGCCCGGGCUGGCUCACCGUCUCGCUGAGGGUGGGCAAGUACAAGAAGACUCAUAAGAACAUCAUGAUUAACCUCAUGGACAUCCUGGAGGUGGACACUAAGCGACAGGUAGUGCGUGUGGAACCUCUUGUGAACAUGGGUCAGGUGACCGCCCUCCUUAACUCGAUUGGCUGGACCCUGCCUGUGCUGCCCGAGCUUGACGAUCUCACCGUGGGGGGCCUGAUAAUGGGAACAGGCAUCGAGUCGUCCUCCCAUAUCUAUGGCCUCUUCCAGCACAUCUGUGUCGCCUAUGAGCUGGUGCUGGCUGACGGGAGCCUGGUUCGCUGCACUGCCAAAGAGAACUCCGACCUGUACUAUGCUGUCCCUUGGUCCUGUGGCACUCUGGGCUUUCUGGUAGCUGCCGAGAUCCGCAUCAUUCCGGCGCGGGCCUGGGUGAAGCUCAGCUACAUGCCAGUUAGAGGCAUUGGUGCCAUCUGCCAACGCUUCGCCCAGGAGUCCGCCGACAAAGAGAACCAGUUCGUGGAGGGGCUGCUCUUCUCCCAGGACGAAGCCGUCAUCAUGACGGGAAUCAUGACGGACGAGGCUGAGCCGGACAAGGUCAACCGCAUCGGCCGCUAUUACAAGCCCUGGUUCUUCAAGCACGUGGAGGGCUUUCUGCGGGAGAGCCGCGGCGCUGUGGAGUACAUCCCCCUGAGGCACUACUACCAUAGACACACCCGCAGUAUCUUCUGGGAGUUACAGGACAUUAUCCCAUUUGGGAACAACCCCAUCUUUCGAUAUCUCUUUGGCUGGAUGGUGCCUCCCAAAAUCUCCCUGCUGAAACUGACACAGGGAGAGACCAUCCGCAAGCUGUACGAGCAGCACCACGUGGUCCAGGACAUGCUGGUUCCCAUGAAGCACCUGGAGAAGGCCAUCGGCCAUUUCCACAACAACAUCCACGUGUACCCCAUGUGGCUGUGCCCCUUCGUGCUGCCCAGUCAGCCUGGGAUGGUGCACCCCAAAGGGGACGAGGACGAGCUGUACGUGGACAUCGGCGCUUACGGAGAGCCCCGGCUGAAGCACUUUGAGGCCCGAGCCUCCACCAGGCAGCUGGAGAAGUUUGUGAGAGACGUUCACGGAUUCCAGAUGCUGUACGCGGAUGUGUAUAUGGACCGCCAGGAAUUCUGGGAAAUGUUUGAUGGCUCCCUCUACCAUAAGCUGAGGGAGAAGCUGGACUGCAAGACGGCAUUUCCCGAGGUUUACGACAAGAUCUGCAAAGCGGCUCGGCACUGAGGCACAGCCAGCAGAGCAGGAAGCUCAGCCUCCAAUCCUGCAUUUCACCCCAUUUCCGUGGGGAAGAAUAACCCACAGUGUAUGAGACUUGCUGUACAUUCUUACAAAUUUGAACGAUGCAGAAUUCGGGUUUUUCUUACCUUUAUACAUGUUUGACUGCAAAAGCAAUUCGUCAGCCUUGGAUGUAACACUGUGCCCAGAACUGUGAUGUAUCUCAUGUGAGAAUUGGGAUUAUCUUUGUAAUUCCGAUGUAUAUUUUUCUACCUGUAGUGUGGGACACAGACUGAAAUCAUGUGUCUCAGAUUAGCACAAAUAAGCAUUGAAUUAUCCUUAAUUAAAGGGACAGUUCAACCAAAAAUUGGAAAAAAGAUAUGGAGCUUAGAUGGAGUUUAGUGCUGUCUAUCUGUCUAGGUCAUUCAGCUGGGAGAUGCCUUGUUGAGAUAUCGGAUGUUGGUCUUCUCUCAAAUAUAAUGGGAGUGAAUGACAUUCUUUCUGUGGUAAUUAAAGGGCCAGAAAAAUACAUUUGAAAAACUCAACAGCAAUGUCUCAUCAGAAAUCAUGAUGCCGUUAUUGAAGAUAAUCCACAGACUUUGCAGAGAGCAGUUUAAUGUAGGAACUAUUUUCUGUUACGGAACACCACAUACCAGCCGUAUCACUGUGCAGAAGAUAACGCUACAGUACUCGUGCUCAUAUCCGAUGGAGUGCCCCUCUGAAACGCAUCUUUUUUUUUUCUUUUUUCAGUUUUUGGGGUGAGCUGCCCCUUUAAUGUUUCUUCAGUCAUUUUCCUGAAAGAGCACCUAGUGACCAUCUUGUAGUCUGUCUCUCCCAAACUAACAUGUCCCAUCUUUAAGUUAGAUUAGCUUGUCUUGUGUCUCUCUUUAUUAUGAUUGUGUGCUAUUUGCUUCACUUGUACAUCACUUUGCACAAAAAAGGUAAAUAAACCAGCGUGUCUCAGUGGGCUAA